CUGGCCUAAAUAACCCAACACGGCGGGAAAUCAGCAGGAAAGCUAACCUGAGGCAAACAGAUCGUCUUCAAUACCUACCUCUCCUGGGUUAAAUCCACUUUCACCUCCUGUUGAGUGCUUUAGUCCCAUGACCAAAGUGUUUACUGAGGAUUGGCUCAGAGCAGCUAUAAUAUCACUCCAAAACUAUGAUUAAUUGAGUGAUUAAAUGUUAAGUCAGGAUAUAUUAAAGAUGCCAAUAAAACCUGGACUCAAGUGUCACUAUGGACCAACUAACACUUUCCUCGUGGAAACAGCAAUAGGGUUGAUGGAGUUGGUAUGCUGUCCCAAGGGAGUUCACUCUCUCAGUCAGCUGUCUACAAUCACUGAUGCCAACUUCAAACCCAGGCCAGGACAGAAAGUGUGCGUGAAGUCCCAACUGUACCAGGAUAAUGGGUACACCUAUAAACCUGCCGUACAGUGUGUGGAAUGGCUGAGAGAUUACUUUUCUCCAGGCAGAAUUACCUCAGAGCCCCCUCGUCUCUGUAUCACGGGCGCCAAGGAGGGCUCAUUUACUGGAAAAGUAUGGAAGACCUUAGCGGAGAAAGUGACUUACGGUCAGACAAUAUCAUACCGAGACUUGGCCGUGCUGUGUGAGUGCCCGAAUGGCAGCCGUGCCAUCGGUCAGGCUAUGAGGUCUAACCCAUACCAGCUGAUCGUCCCAUGUCACAGAGUUAUACAGAGCUCAGGCAAACUAGGCAACUACAGCAGCGGUCAGAAAAACACAGUGAAAGAGUGGCUGCUCAAUCAUGAAGAGGCUAUUUGAAAACCUGUUUAUUCAUGAAUGUUUUUUUUUUCCACAAUGUAUUAAGGUGGAACUGAUAACUACAUGUCACCAAUAGUUCAUUAGGAGUGACAGGAUACAAAUAUCGCUGCUAAUUAUGUCAUUGUUUAUUUGAUUCAGUUAUCGCCAUGAAAGAUUCAUGUCAUAUAUGCAUCAACAUUUCUGGAAGGAUUGACUUCAUUGCAUUUGUUGGCAUGUUGCAGAUGUACCAGCUGUUUUGGUUAUCGUAGUGGUAAAUAGCUGUUACCUGUAUGUAAGUAGUCUCUAUGUGCAUACACUAUCCAAAAUACAGAACAUUGCCACUGCUAAUUUUUUUUCAGGAAUCUUAGUAUCAUCUUGAUGUAGCUAGUUGCCAGUAACAUUGAGAGUUGUGCUCAAAUAGCUUCUUGAAGACAGUGCAUACCUAGUAAAAAGAUUCCUUGUGAUAUCAGUCAGUUUUAAUAUUUGCUAAUUAGUAAUAAGACUCACCAAAAUUAUAUUUUUGAAAAUAGACAUGUACAUGUAAUGCAUAUUGUUUGAUAUUGGAAAUAAAUCUGGAUUGCUCGAGUACAAAUAUGUGAGGUGUAUAGUUAAAUAUGGUCAUCACACAGAGCAUAAUUGGGUACCAUGAUCAUGGGCUUAUACAAACUGAGGAAGGAUGCCACUCAGUGUGCCAUAUAUUGCCCAUUCUUUGUGCUGUAGUUGAUUGAUUUUGGAUAUCGCCAUUAAAUCCUUGAGUCUUGAUGGAGACAACAUUUAUAGAAAGUAAUGGACAUAGUAACAGGAAUCAGAAAUCAGUAUUAUACAUGUAUCUAUGACCGCUGUUUGAUCUGUGGACUUAAAUGAUUCUUAUACCUGUAUGAAUAUGCAUGUAAUUAUGACAGUGGUUAGAUAAGCAGAUGCUACUGUACAUGGAAUAUUAAAACACUGAGCACCAGAUCAUGUUAUUUCAACAUUACUGUUCAUUUAAGUUGCGCUAAGUAAAAUGUUACGGAAAUCUGAUACAUAUUGGUUAAUGU